UGCAAAGCCAGAGGUCUGAUUCAUCCAUGUAUGCUAAAGGCAACGAAGACAAACAAUGGAUCAAUAUUUAUUCAAGCCAUUAUGAACAUGAUGAACGCCUGACUGUCCAUGUGUGAUAUCGUGAUCUGCUCACACACAACUGCAGCAAGCCCGCCAUCAUUAAUUAUAACAGGUGCAGCAAUCUUGGCUGAAUCGUGUCCGCCCGUGCAUGGUGGGGUCGGCAAUGGACAGUGAAAAUGGGUGCUGCUCGGGGAUGCUACACGUAUGACAGCGUCUGUUGGGCACCCCGCCAUCAGAGCAUGGAGAACGCACGUGCGAGGUGCCAACGGAAAAAUUCAAGUUGCAUUUCCAGUACAACAAGAAAGACCUAACAAAAGGCUUUACCUUACCUGGGCCAAGUAUUACUUGGUCAGACAUUCAAAGAUCUGAAAACCAGUUUGCCCAGCAGAUGAGCAACAUGCAGCAGAUGAGCUCGGCAGUGUCGGAUUUUGUCCUUGCACUGACAUCUUUCGGGACGGCUAUCUCCCUCUUGCGCCAGAACAUCUUUGCCUCGGCUGGCUUUGCCCUGAUGGGAGCAGUAGCGAGCUGCGGGACCUACCGCUUCAGUCGUGCCUCUCCCUCCCCCGGGGUCCUCCAGUUACACCAGGCCAUGGCCUGGGUGACCACCAUUCUUGGAACAUCGCUAGUGGCUAGUGGGUUCCACCGGCGGUAUGACAACUCGGUCAUGUCCGCCGUGCACAUGGGCAGUGCGUUAGCACUCAUUUGUCUGUCAAAGGUGACAGACGUUCUCUCUAUGCAGACAGAGGAGUUCUUGGUGUCAGCGGUGUCUUCUGCGGCUGUUGUUUCCAUCGGUGUCUUCAGCAUCCUUCACACCAACCCCUUUGGGAUUUUGGCAGCAGUUUUGUACGGUAUCGCAGCAGCGGUUGGAACAACAGGAGAGCUGGCUAGCAUUCUGCGCGUUGACUGGUUUCACUAUCUGCUAGCCUUCGCCAAUGUGGUGUUUUUACGAGCUUUCACAUAUGCCAGUCCUCACGUGUAUUACAAGGACAACUGAAUUUUUGAAAGUCACAGAAAGAUCGAAUUGUUCAGUUUUGAUCAGUUGAUUGCAACAUGUUCUUGCUCAGUCUUCCAAUGCCUGAAAUUGUUCUUAUUUCCUUAGAACAGUGCAGCCAUCUUGAUUAGUUUCAACUUUCAUGCAGCUUAAUGUCAGUAAGCAAGGUUUAAGGCUCACUUUACUAUACGCGCAGAAUCUCCAUGCUACAUGUGUUCAUGUGUGUGUGCUCGAAACAAGUGGCAUGCCACGAUUUCAUUACUUAAUGACAGCAGAACUGCUCAUGAAAAAUGUUCAUAAAUUCAGGACAGGCCUGUCCUUUCAAAGUUUAGUGAAGUCACAGGUUUGUAAAUACGGUGGGAGGGGGCAGAUUAGAUUUUUCAGCUGACUUUGUUAACAGAGGGUUCAUGGGAAGAAACAAUUUAGGAAUUGUAACUUGCGUAAGGGUGGAAAUCUCAUUGAACACUGCAGAAUUAAAGCGGAUUUGGUAACCAAGGAGCGUUUAGGAACCAUAGACUAGUCACGAGUCUAAAGACAUCCAAUAUUUGCAAAAAGGCAAACCAAAUAUGGCCACUUAGGAGAGGACAUUUCAUAGUUUGAGAAUACAUGUGACUCGUUUGAAGUUGGACACUUCAUUGAAGUCACUCUGAUAGUCUGCAAAAUUUUUGACAUUACCGUUUCCUUUUUGCUGAAGUGCUUGUUACAAGUAUAAAAACCCACAUUUGAAUUUGUGUUUCUUUGUUUGCAUUUAGCUGUGAUGACUGUUUUCACUAGUUUAGGUUUGUGUCAUUUACAAGCUUUCAUUUUUGACAGUGUUGACCUGUUACACACUUUGAUAAUGAAGAUGCCAGGAGAGUGGAGUCUUAGUAUAUUGAUGUAAUGUAACUCCAUAUUGUACAUGUAACUGUGUAAGUUUUGUUUUCAUUAUUGCAUACAAAAGACUAGUUGAAACCAUUCAUGACAAAACUCCCGUCUUCACGCUGUAUUCUUAGAGGCUACUUUUGAUAGAAUUUUGAUAGCAGUAGAUUAAAGGCCCAUCUUCAUUGCACAAAAGUGCAGCUUGUAAAGUGAAAUAUAUGUAUUUAAUCAGCAUCAAGGUUUCUAUUCGUGCAUUUCUUGUUGCCGGCGUUUUCCUCGUACUGUGGGUGUGCUGAAAACGAAUAAGCACCAGCAACUAGCCAUCCAGUUUCGAUAUGUGUGCAUUUCUCACUUGAUGACCAAAAGGAAACUUAAAUCAACUGGGGAAAAAGACAAACUUUACAACAACGAAUCAACACUUGUUCAAAGCAUCUCAUUUCCCCCGUACAUUUCUGGCUUUUAUUCUUUUAAUACUGAAAGUCAAGAUUUCUGGGAAGCCCCCAUACACGGCAAACAUAGCAACAUCUGCAAUAUGUAGUCAUAUCAAUGCUCUUUUCCCGUGGAAUCACAGAUAUCUUCAGAUCAUGCCAAGCAUUAUAAGUGCCCAAAAAAAUCUCACCAAAAAACUGCAUAAAAUGUGCAAUGGACAUCCACUGCAAAUAUCAGUGUUAAUAUUCAGGGUG